GGAAGAGUGAGGUAGGAGUGUGUCUGUGUGGCAGGUAGGCUGUAGAUGUGCUCCCUGGUCUUUCCUGGGGUUUGGUCCCUCUUGGGAUUCUUAGGGGAGGUGGUGGGAGCCAGUGGUUGUCCUGAGCUCGUGCCUGGGGAGCCCUAGGAUGUGAGGAGCUGGGCUGCUUUUGGAGAGCACAUUUUUCUUGGUUUUGUUUUACAAAAUGGGUAGUUGGAUCUUCUACAAGGAAAACCAGACAAGUUGUAGGGAUUUUGCAUAGGAAAAUGUAUAAUAACUGGCCUAGCUAGAGCCCUAGUUAGACUUGUCAAGCCCUGUAUUUGCAUUUAAUCUGCAGUUUCCAGACCUUUGCCUUCAUAAUAUAUAAGAUGUGCUCUCCCAUGACGGGGUUCUCCCAUGACUUUGUUCCCCGCCUUGCUUUGGGGCUGCUUUCUGCAGCUGUGGGCAUACCUGCUUCUAGGGAGAAGGGAAGAAGCUUUAUUUUUGUGGCAAAAAAAGACUUCUCGAUUACAUCAAGUUGUGCAGUGAAACAGAAGCGGUAUUUCAUCAAAGUGCCUUCCGCUUCUGGACGUGGGUUCCAGUCAAUCUGGGCUUUGCCUUCCCCGGUGGGCACGGCCAGGGCAUGAACUGCUUUCUGCAAGGCUGUGUUUUGCAAUGCAGAGUUCUGCAGCUCUUUGGGCCAGCUCUGGAUCAGGGAUGCAGUACGGCACGAGGACGCUUUUGGGCGUGGUGAUGCAGGUGGGGGCCUGGACGUACAACUACAGUGAGAAGGACUAUGAGUGGGACGAGGCCAGGGCAUACUGCAAGACGUUCUUCACCGACCUGGUGGCCAUCCAGAACAAGGAGGAGAUCGAGUACCUCAAUCGCACCCUGCCCUAUCAUAACAAAUACUACUGGAUUGGCAUCCGCAAGCAGAAAGGUACCUGGACCUGGGUGGGCACCAACAAGACACUGACGAAGGAGGCAACCAACUGGGCCGCUAGGGAGCCCAACAACCGCGGGUCCAACCAGGACUGCGUGGAGAUCUACAUCAAGCGGCCGUCAGAGGCAGGCAAGUGGAACGAUGAGCCUUGUACAAAGAAGAAGAAGGCACUGUGCUACAAGGCCUCCUGCCAGCCCCUGCUCUGUGGUCUGCACGGUGACUGUGUGGAGGUCAUCCAGAGCUACAAGUGUGAGUGCCACCCCGGCUUCGAAGGGGACAACUGUGAGAACGCCGUGCAGUGCCCCAUACUCGAGCCUAGAGGAGCGUCCAUGAACUGCAGCCAUCCCUUUGGAGACUUCAGAUACAACUCCACCUGCACCUUCCGGUGCCCGGAGGGGUUUGAACGGCGAGGUGCGGACGAGCUGCAGUGCUUGGAUGAUCGGCAGUGGUCAGCGGAGACCCCCACGUGCAUAGCUGUCACCUGCCCAGUGCUCAGCGCUCCAGAGCACGGAGAGCUGAACUGCUCCCACCUCCAUGGGAACUUCACCUUCAACUCCACGUGUGACUUCUCCUGCCAGCCAGGGUUUGAGCUCACAGGACCACAGAGCCGUGAGUGCACAGCUGUGGGGAACUGGACUGGAGAAAUUCCACGAUGCAAAGCCAUCAGCUGCCCAGUGCUCAGUGCUCCAGAGCAUGGAGAGCUGAACUGCUCCCACCUCCAUGGGAGCUUCACCUUCAACUCCACGUGUGACUUCUCCUGCCAGCCAGGCUUUGAGCUCGUGGGGUCACAGAGUCGUGAAUGCACGGCCACGGGGAACUGGACUGGGGACACCUCACGAUGCAAAGCUGUCACCUGCCCGGUGCUCAGCGCUCCAGAGCACGGAGAGCUGAACUGCUCCCACCUCCAUGGGAACUUCACCUUCAACUCCACGUGUGACUUCUCCUGCCAGCCAGGGUUUGAGCUCACGGGGCCACAGAGCCGUGAGUGCACAGCCAUGGGGAACUGGACUGGGGACACCACACAGUGCAAAGCCAUCAGCUGCUCAGUGCUGAGAGCUCCAGAGCAUGGAGAGCUGAACUGCUCCCACCUCCAUGGAAACUUCACCUUUGGCUCCACGUGUAACCUUUCCUGCCAGCCAGGGUUUGAGCUCCUGGGGCCGCAGAGCCGUGAAUGCAUGCCUACAAGAGCCUGGACUGGGGAAACCUCACGAUGCAAAGCUGUCACCUGCCCGGUGCUCAGUGCUCCGAAGCAUGGAGAGCUGAACUGCUCCCACCUCCAUGGGAACUUCACCUUCAACUCCACGUGUGACUUCUCCUGCCAGCCAGGGUUUGAGCUCACAGGACCACAGAGCCGUGAGUGCACAGCUGUGGGGACCUGGAGCAAGGACACUCCACGAUGCAAAGCCGUCACCUGCCCGGUGCUCAGCGCUCCAGAGCAUGGAGAGCUGAACUGCUCCCACCUCCAUGAGAACUUCACCUUUGGCUCCACGUGUGACUUCUCCUGCCAGCCAGGCUUUGAGCUCUUGGGGUCACAGAGUCGUGAAUGCACGGCCACCAGGACUUGGACCAGGGAGAGCCCACAGUGCAAAGCCAUCAGCUGCUCAUUGCUCAGUGCUCCAGAGCACGGAGAGUUGAGCUGCUUCCACCUCUAUGAGAACUUCACCUUUGGCUCCGUCUGUGACUUUUCCUGCCAGCCAGGGUUUGAGCUGAUCGGGCCACAGAGCCGUGAGUGCACAGCCACUGGAACCUGGACUGGGAACACCUCGCAGUGCCAAGCCGUCAGCUGUCCAGUGCUGGAUGUCCCCAGCCACGGCCACCUCAGCUGCUCUAAUCUGCACGGGAACUUCACGUUCAACUCCACUUGCACCUUUUCCUGCAAGGAAGGAUUUAUCCGGGUGGGAGCGGAGAUGCUCAGGUGUGCAGCCACGGGGAACUGGACCAGGCAUCCCCCAGUCUGUGAAGAGGAUUCUGCCUUUUUGAAACAAGUUCUGGUUUACACCAGCACCAGUGCUCUGGCAGCAGCCGGCCUUGUGCUCUCUGGAACGCUCAUUGUCUUGCUUGUCAAGCAGCUCAGCAACAGAGAGGAGAAGAAGAAGCUCCUGAGCCCCACCAGUGACCUCGGGGCACCAGGCAUCUUCACCAAUGCAGCCUACGACUCCACCUUGUAAAGGCGAAGCGGACCAGGAGCGCUGUCCCCACCACCACCGAGCCCUGACGGUACUUCGCUUUGCCCUGCUGGCCUGAAGCUGAGCCCAGCGGCCGGGACUGCAGAGCUCCGCGCUCACCCCAGCCUAUACCCACGCGUGGGGCAAGGCCUCUGAAGAGCAGCAGGGGCGUGGAAAAAACGGACUGUAGCCCCCUCCCUUCCCCGGCUUGCUGCUGGGGCCGGGCCCGUGCCAACCGGCUCUCAAUAAACGCCUGUAACCUCGA